CUGGAAGUUGGCUUACAAGCAUCUUCUCUUCCCAACUCUCAAAGACUAUCCGUUCUGACACCCGAAGCCAUUAAAGACUCAUCUUCUUGGCCUCGUCUCUCGUUUCAACCAACAUCCUGAACGCAACUCCCACAACACUCCCACAACACAACACAUCCACUCUCUAAAACCCUUCUCAACACCAACAAUUCACCAUGCGUUUUUCCCACGUUAUCGCUCUCGCCGGUGCCGCGACCGCCUACGUGGUCCCUGUCGACACCGUCACCGGCGUGACUACUCCCGCCCCUUACAGCAACUAUACCACUGCCACAGUGUAUCCCGUUGUACCAACCUCGAAGAGUAAGCCAACUCAAGUCUUUCCCUGUUGUUUGGAUAUGAGGGCUAACAAGAAACAGCACACCCCUCCAACCAGACCACCACCCCUAGCGCCCCCACCACCACCACCACUCCCACUGGGGCUCCCCCCGUCACUGGCGGCGCUGUUCCCCAGAACACACGCGGCUCCCUGGCUGCUCUGAUGGUUCUUGUUGCUGCAGGCCUUGUUGUCCUGUAAAGAUGAAGUGAUGGAUUGAAGAAGUUAUGAAGUGAUGUGCAAGAGAAACUGGGGCGGGCCGGAAUACAAUACACAAGAUAUCAUGGUCAGAUCGUUCGGCAUAUGACUGGAAGCGGCUGGUACAGGAUUCCCCGGGGCAACAACGCCUCGCGACAUUAAUAAUAAUAGUAUAUA